AUGUUAAGGACUCGGAAAGCGGGCAGUGUAACUAUGGUCAAUUACCUGUCUGCUUCUUUCGUUUAUACGAAAAUUGCUAAUCUGAUACUUUGGUUGUAUGCAGAUGUAAGGUAUGGACUUCCAUAUGGUGCUAUCCUCAUUCUGGUUGCCCUGCUUCUCCCAGAACCAACAUAUACCGGUCCAGAACAUGUCACAUAUUUCCGUGGUCUCCAGACCUUAGAAGACGAAUUGAAACGUCACAAGAACAUUAUGUGGAUCCUAUGCCUGUAUGCUGCUUGGCAUCCUGCCUGUGUGACCUUUGCGCCUGUGUUUGCGGAGCUGUCUGCUAGUUACGGAUUGGAUAAUUUGAAGUUUGGAAAAAUUGAUGUUGGCAGGUAUCCCGAAGCAGCAGCUAAAUACAGAGUCCAGGAUGGUCCCACCAGCAGGCAGUUGCCCACAGUACUUCUUCUUAGUGAGGGUCAGGAGAAGAUGAGGAGGCCACAACCUGAUCACAGUGGCAAGCUUCAAAAGUUCCUAUUCUCGAAAGACAACUUGAAGGCAGCUUUCGACUUGGACGGUCUUUAUCAAGAGUGCAAAGACAAGCUUGCGGCGGCGAAAACUAACAAGAAGACCGAAAAGACCGAGUAG